UAUUAUGGGCUGGCGGUGAGGCACCAGCUGAAGGGAGGUUCAAGCGUUCUCCUUUUACUGUUGCGCCCGGGAGUCAGCGAGCGGAUAUUAUGGAGCUGUCUGCCGUGGGGGAGAGGGUUUUCGCCGCUGAAUCUCUCCUCAAGCGACGUAUCAGGAAAGGUCGAGUGGAAUACCUGGUGAAAUGGAAGGGCUGGUCUCCCAAGUACAGUACGUGGGAGCCAGAAGAAAAUAUCCUGGACGCCCGUCUGAUAUCAGCCUUUGACGAGAGGGAACGAGAAAGAGAAAUGUAUGGGCCAAAGAAACGUGGACCCAAACCUAAAACGUUCCUGCUAAAGGCGAAAGCGAAGACGUACGCCUUCCGCAGUGAUGUGGCGAGGAGUCUGAGGAUGACCUACCCGGGCAGAUCUGGUCAAGAAUCCGGCUUUUCCUCCACUAGAUCUAGAGAAGGACUUCGGAGAGAUCCCGCCGCGACUUUGCAGCACAACACUCUUUCCAGGGGGGAGACUUCUAAAGACAGGAAUACCAGAGUCGAGGAGAUCCCCAGAACUCACCAGAAAACGGAGUCCCACAAACACAGAGGAGGAGAGAGUGGUUCCAGGAGAAAGGGGCCGAGACAUAGCAAAGUGGAUUACAAGGACAACCGGGCCUUGCGUGCAUGUUCCCCCAAAAUGAGUGCACCGAGUGAACUUGAAGGAGGGAUACCGACAUAUCCCCAUUUUAAACGAAGGAAAUCUGAGGAACUUGAUUCUGGGAGCGACGAGCUGGAGGAGAAGGUGGAAGGUGGACUCAUGCACUUGAGUGGGAGACAGGAAGCAAAGCUGGGCGGUGCGGCCAGAACACACCUCAACCGCGCUUCACUGGGUUACAGCGACAAUAAAUACGGCGCAGACUCGCACACCCUUCGGACUAAACAGGCUGUGGAAAGUACAGUCUCUAAGAGUGAACCGGGGGUGGAUGCCUCUGCACUUAAGAGUAAGCAUCUACCCGAGGGCACGGUGCCGAGGAAUAGUGUCUGUGUGACCAGUGACAGGUCUGUUUCAAAGUCUCCCUUGCUGGCCAAGCACCAAGUAUCCCGAUUUCUGUCAGAACCAGAAGAGUCUUGGAGCCCCUCACUGAACAAUUUGGAGAAGGUGGUGGUCACGGAUGUCACGUCAAACUUUCUGACUGUUACUAUCAAAGAAAGCAGCACAGAUGAAGGGUUCUUCAAAGAAAAAGUUUAAAAACUUGACUGUUUUAUCAGUCACAAUGUCACUGAAUUGUUGGGGAAAAUACUUUUUUUUGGAAUGAGUUGUAUAUAGUCUCCUUUUUAGCAGAUAAAGCUAAUCUUGGAUGUUUAAAAACGAAGUGCCGUUUUCUUAGGCCUGUGUUGUAGGCUGUAUUUCAGUUGCAGUAAUAUAAAACUUUUUAUUAAACGCUUAAAGAGGCUAAAGUCAAAUAGUCAACGUUUGACGCUUGAUUUUGCCCGAAGUGGUGUGAGAUUUGCUUUGGAGGGGGCG